AUGCGUCUACACUCAUUGAAAGAGCUCGACGAGUCCGAGGGCAAUGUGCGUCUUCACAACGACAAAGAUACUGCUGUUAUCCUCUAUCCUGCUCCUUCGCUCACCGACCCCAACGAUCCGCUUCGGUGGCCUCUCUGGCGAAAGCACGUAGCCUUUGGUAGUGUCUGCGCUUUCUCCUUCCUCUCCAACUACGCCAUUGGUGGUCUGGCUCCGGCCUUCUAUAUCUUGAGUCUGGAGUUUGGCAAGUCUCAGCAUCAAACUAGUGAGCUGCUGCUUUGGCCGGUCCUCGUGUUUGGACUUUUCAACUUCCUCUGGGUACCUUUGGCAAAUUACUAUGGCAAGCGACCCAUCUUUGUCUUCACCACACUCCUGCUGUGCGUUUGUUAUAUCUGGGGUGCCACAGCACAAACUUUUGAAAGUCUGCUUUGGUCCAAUAUCAUUGGUGCUUUUGGUGGCAGCGCCUCUGAAGCCGUUGCUGCAUCUAUGGUCAAUGAUCUAUACUUUUUACAUGAACGUGCUAGUAAGAUGAGCUGGUACGUGAAUAGCAUCUCGGCUGGUAACACCUUAGGUCCCUUGAUCUGUGGAUUUGUAGUACAAGACUUGAGCUGGCGCUGGCACAAAAUCAUCGCAGCCAUCUUCGUGGGCGUAAACUUUCUUGUCGUGGUCUUCCUCUGCCCUGAGACCAGAUAUGAUCGCUCUGGCCAUGGAUUUGUCGAACCCCUUGAGACUUCGAGAUCAGCCAGUGAUACAAAAACCCUCGAAAAGACAAUCUCAAACUCGGAACAACAACCUGUCCAUCGUCCCUCCGAGACCUCGGACACUACACCCAUAGAUACAGUACCCAAGAAACCAUGGUCACAACAACUCAAACUCUGGUCCCCGCUACCUAAAGAUCUGUCUCUGUUUGAACUCUUCCUUCGCCCUUGGCCAUUGAUAGUAUACCCGGAAGUCAUCUUCUCAACCCUCGCAACUGCAUUUGCACUCGCCUGGGUGGUCGGCAUCAACAUUCUCAACUCCUUUGUCCUUCAAGCUCCACCUUACUCCUGGUCCCCUGCUGUAAAUGGCCUCAUCAACAUCCCCGGCUUACUCGGCAACAUCUGUGGUGCACUCGUGGGAGGCCCCCUGGUGGAUUGGUACUCUGACUGGCGCGCUAGGAAAGAUGGCGGCGUCUUUCAACCGGAGUCAAGAUUGACGAUGCUAGUCUUCCCGGCUAUUAUGGUGCCGGCGGGUUGUUUGGCCUUUGGGUAUGGUGUGCAAGAUAAAUUGCACUGGACUGCUAUGUUCUUUGGGUAUGGGAUGGUGGCGAUGGGGUUGACUACUAUUCCGUGCAUUACUAUGACUUAUAUCUCCGAUUGUUAUCUUCCUAUUGCGCCGGAUGCGCUGUUGAUCAUCAAUGGCUUGAAGAACGUUGCGGCUUUUGGCUUCUUGUAUGCUAUUGUACCUUGGGUCAGUAAGGUUGGGUACGCAGAAUGCUUUGGUGAGCAGGCUGCCAUCGCUGUCGGUGUCCUGCUGUUUGCUAUUCCGCUUAGUAUCUUUGGUGCUAGGAUGCGUCAUCGUACUGCACAGUGGCGUAUUAUCUUAUGA